GCGCGCCUGCGUGCUGAACGGGAGCGCGCAUGGCCGUGUCCCGCAUUGUUUGGAUCAGCUGUGCAUGGAUGUGAAACCCCACCCAAUAAGGAAGAACGAGCUGUGAAGAGCAGAUCCCGGACCGCGACAGCACGAACCUACACACAAACCGAGCGCCGUUCAUCAUGAUCGCGUUAUUUAACAAGCUGCUGGACUGGUUCAAGGCGUUAUUCUGGAAGGAGGAGAUGGAGCUGACGCUGGUCGGCCUGCAGUACUCAGGAAAAACCACAUUUGUCAACGUGAUUGCGUCGGGUCAGUUCAGUGAGGAUAUGAUCCCUACAGUCGGCUUUAACAUGCGUAAAAUCACCAAGGGUAACGUCACCAUCAAGUUGUGGGAUAUCGGAGGACAGCCGCGCUUCAGGAGUAUGUGGGAGAGGUACUGUCGUGGAGUUAGCGCUAUAGUGUAUAUGGUUGAUGCGGCCGACCCGGAGAAGAUCGAGGCGUCCAAGAAUGAACUUCACAACUUGUUAGAUAAACCACAGCUGCAGGGCAUUCCUGUUCUUGUUUUGGGCAAUAAGCGAGAUCUUCCCGGAGCUCUGGACGAGAAGGAACUGAUCGAGAGAAUGAAUCUGUCGGCCAUUCAGGACAGAGAGAUCUGCUGUUACUCCAUUUCCUGUAAGGAGAAGGACAACAUUGACAUCACACUACAGUGGCUGAUCCAACACUCACGAAUCAGGCGGAGCUGAGGCGGCGGCGGCGUCUAAUUGGAGGAACAGCAUCAUGUGACCAACCUUAUUUUAGGCGCUCUUGAUUCUAAACACACAUCCGCCCCUCCCUCUGUUCUUACAUACUAAGAGAUAUUAUUAUUUACGUCAUCGGAAGUUUCUUUUUUAAUUAUUUGAAUGUGUUUUUUUUACAGUUCAUCAUUAAGUGCGAAUGCGUUUUGAUCGAUGUGUGACACGUGAUGUUUCAUUUACGCGAAUCGUUUGCCGUGUUUGCUCAGAGAUCGCGUCCAGUCAGUUCUUUGUGAAUGAGCGAAGUGAAAUCACGGUCACAUGACUUGCAUUAAUCUGAUUUGUAGCAUUAAAAAGUACUCUGUAAUUUAAUCUGAGUUUCACGCACACCGCCGAAUGACAACGGUGGGUUGUCAUAGUAACCAUUCCCAUGGUGUCGGCUGCAUAUGUUGAGCUUUAGGAAGGUCUGUUUUGAACGCGUCAGUGUUUCGACGAACGUUAUUAGCAUUGGACUUAUUUGAUCCCUGACGAGAUGCAAUACAGUAACGGUAUCAGAUGCUGCUUUCAGUUUAUUACUACACUCACAAUUCAUUCUAGCACAUGUGUGUCUUCGAGAAAGUUUCUCUUUCGUCACGGACUGAAACGUCGCGCAACCGUUUCAUGUUCAGUGUGGACGGGCUAAUCGCACGUCGUCGGAAACUUGUUUGAUCGCAUCUGGACUCUGUGUUAUGUUAACAUGGGUUUAUUCGGCAGAUAUGAGUGUUUCAUCAGAACGGUUUUGAGUUCGUCGUGGUUAUCGAAGCAGGCAUCUUAUUAAUUUACUUGCUUAAUUGUUUCGUUUACAGCCAAUUUCGUUUUGUCGCAUCUGUGGACGUUUUUGGCCUCUGUUGGAUAAUAUAUAUAUGCACAUUUUAUUUUCGCUAUGCUUUUACGGUUUAUUUUUUAGCGUUUUUGAACUGGAUUGUGUAAAUAGCAACUUAAACCAAAAGAAAUCUCCCUACUGAUCGUUACAGUGUUUGUCCGAUUGUGAUUAGCGUCCUAUAAUAAUAAUAAUGAAGGUCCCACUCAUAUUCACAGCAGUCUGAGCAAACGGAUUGUGUGUGCGUGAAUGUGUGAGUGUUUGUGUGCAUGAAACAUGCUGUCAUGUAGAAUAGAAAAACAAUUACUUAAUAAACCGCAGUUUGUUCUGUUGAUUUGUUAUUCGUUAUAAUUUUGUAUUCGAUUGUUUAUUUGCUAAUGUUGCAGUUUUAUUUCGGUGUACAGUGUCACUAGUGUUUGUCUUUGCUAAAAGUGACGUGAUGCAACAAAUCGAUACGAUCUUCGUAGAUUUUACGAAAUUAACAAAACGAAGUUACGCCACAAAGAUUACAAAGUUGUUUACGAAUUUGAAGUGCCGAUGUUAUGUAAUGAUGGUUACCAUGGCAAUUUAGCCAAUAUGGUUGCCAUGGUAAAUUUCUGUAUAAAUUGAAUAAAAGUUGUUUAUGAAGUUAACGAAGUCACAGAUUAGCAGAUUUAUUUUCCCCGCAAAGUUGACGUAGAGAAAGUUUUGUAACUAAGUCGUUGAGCAAAAUCUCUCACGCUUUAAUUAUAACGAAGUCAUCAAGUCACACGCCGAAAUUGACAUUGACGUAACAAAAUGUAUAAACUUGCUUAACAGACGAUUUGUUGAUUACAUUUAGUUGAUUCUUACAUAAAAGUUAACAAAGUCUCUCGCGCUUGCAUUGUAACUAAAUCAACGUCACAAAGUUUCGUACUGAAAUUAACUUCAACGUAAUUUACAAACUUGCGUAAUGGAGUCGAUUUUGUUGAACGUUACAUAACAAACUUUAGCGAAUUAUCUCGCGCUUGCAUUAUAACUAAAUCAACGUCACAAAGUUUCGUAAUGAAAUCAACUUCAACGUAAUUUACAAACUUGCGUAACGGAGUCAAUUUUGUUGAACGUUACAGAAAAGUUACAUAACAAACUUUAGCAAAGUAUCUCGCGCUUGCAUUAUUACUAAAUCAACAUCACAAAGUUUCGUAAUGAAAUCAGCUUUGACGUAAUUUACAAACUUGCGUAACGGAGUCCAUUUGUUUUGGUUACAUUUUGUUGAACAUUACAGAAAAGUUACGUAACAAGAUGAACUUUAGUGAAGUAUCUCGCGCUUGCAUUAUUACUAAAUCAACGUCACAAAGUCUCAUAUCGAAAUCAGCUUUGACGUAACAAAAUGUACGUACUUGACAAAGACGAUAACGAAGUUAUCUGCGACGUAACAGACACAUAAGAAAGUCGAAUUGGUUUAACGAAGUUGUGUGCUUGCAGCGUAGACACUACUGUUGUUUGUCGCAUUGCAUCACUCGCUCGCAGCAUAGACACAAUAUUACACUCUGAUCUCUGAACGGUACAUUACUAACGUUAAACUACAACUUAAUGAGGUGUUUGUGUUCAUUUGAUUAUUUUUUUUAUUUUGUUUUGUAUUAAGUGGCCAUAAUGUUUAUUUAAAUCGCCAUUGUUUUAAUUGUUUGUAUCAGUGUUGUUGUUUUUUUGCUUGGGGGAAUAAGGUAAUAUUACGCUUACGUCCCCCUGCAUGACUCAUUAUGGGAUGGAACCGGUUUCCAUAAUAACUGUAUAAUGAAACUGAACCGAGCCCAGUAAUGUUCAUUACAGAACGUGUUGUCCUCUUUAUAUUUAUCAGAAAGUAACUUUUUAAAGAGGUUGACAGAAGUGUUUCUACAGAAGACUUGUUCAUUUAAAUGUUUCAUUUGAACUCUUUUUAUUCUCUCGUCCUGGCGGUGAUAACUGUACAUGUUAUUAUUGUUAAUUACAGAUUAUUUAAAAAUGAAAAUUAAAUGAUUUCCCUCU